AUUAUAAAAGUCAAAAAAUGUAUGUAGCAAUCACAGAUUGCCCCUUUAAUAUUCAACAUUCAUUAUUCAUUGCUUGCAUUCAUGUUAGCACUGUCCCGGAGGAUUACAAAGCUCGGCCAUGGACUAGUCCUCAUGGUUUAUAUAAGAAACCCCAUUUAUUUCACGACAAAUCUUUCACUUUUGUGUGUAUAUAUUUACUUAUUUUGGGGGGGGGUUAUAAUCCUGCAUGGAAAGAGMAAUCAGAUAUUCAAAGUAUUAAAAAUGACUUUAGAUUUAAUGAUUUACAAAGCAAAAGACCACGAACAUAAGUUAAACUAAUGACCCAAUGACCCUGCCUCGCCCUCUGAGACAUAACAGCAGUUAUCUAGUAACAUCAUCCCAUCUGUUUAAGGGAUUAAAAGCUCCCAUCCAGAGUCAGGAUGGAAGGAUGGAAGUGUGUUUUGACUUGUGACCGCGUGUGCUGUACCUUUUUUCAUUUCAAGGAUUAUGAGGCAGGUAGCUAAGUGGUCAAUGCCUCGCAGAGAUCACUGAUAAGGUUGGAGGGGUUCACCUAAUCCCCGUUGAGCACAUGGGCAGAGGGACAGCGGUAUAAAAGUUAAUGAUGGGAGCAGUAGGCUCUUCACUGAACGCUGAACAGGCUUCCACCAAGAGACACAUACAACAGGUUAUUGCCACCCGCCACUAUGAUGUGCUUGUUUAAAUUAACUGGAGUGUCCCUCAUCCUGUCCAUACUUCUGUAUAUCGCAGACUCUUAUCCAAACAGUGACAUGACAAACAUGGGCUGUGAGGAAUGCAAACUGAGGGAGAACAAAGUCUUCUCAAACCCGGGCGCCCCUGUCUAUCAGUGUACAGGCUGCUGCUUCUCCAGAGCUUAUCCAACCCCACUACGGUCCAAGAAAACKAUGUUGGUUCCAAAGAACAUCACCUCUGAAGCCACAUGCUGCGUUGCAAAAGAAGGGAAAAGGGUGGUGGUCGACAACAUCAAGCUGACGAAUCAUACAGAGUGUCACUGCAGCACUUGUUAUCACCAUAAGUCAUAAACUCUCUGUGAGGGCUGGAAAUCUCCUUGAUUGCAGAAGUAAAAGCUUGGCAACAGAUACUAUAUAUUUUGCACAACUCAUUCCUGAAGUUCCUUGUGUUUUAAAAGCCUAGUGCAGUCAAAAAUGUUAUUUUCCUGUGUUGUAUAUAUAUUUUCACACUACGAGGUUGGA